AUGUUCUCCGCCACCGCCCGCCGCCUUGCUCAGCGCCAGCCGCUCAUCCGCUUCGUCGGCAAGCACAACCCUCCGGCCCACAUCGACCACACUCCCCGGGCUCACCCGGCCGCUCCCUCCCAGUCCCUGCCGGACUCCUUCGCCAGCUACCGCCAGAAGGCUCAGCAGCACGGCCCCCUCAACAAGCGCACCUUUUCCAGCGGCGCCAUUGGCAGCCAGCCCGGCUCUGCCCUCGGCUCCGUCCAGCCUGGCAAGGGCGAGUUCUUCGACCGCAGCGAGCUUCCUCCCCGCUUCGGCCGCCUGAGGUGGAGCGCGGCUGAGAUCGAGGCCGUCGAGUCCGGCGGUGCCAGCCUCUUCGCAUGA